UCCCGGCGAAGGGCGGCGAGGACGCGCAUCCCUCUGCUUGUGAAGCGACUGCAGGCGAACCAGAUGCCCGACAGUGAGCCGCUGCCCGUGGAUACUUAUUCCAAAUGCACAAGCAGGCGAGAACCACAGACACAUUUCACCCUUUGGCAGUUAACGGAACAAUCAUUUUGUUUUGUUUUUUUUAUUUUGUUUUCCUGUCCCCGCCCCCUCGGUCUCUCUAUGUCAAUGUCUGCUUCAAAUGAGGAGCCUUCUUGGACUUGGAGUACCGGGCAUCACUAGAAAAAAAGCUGGUUAUCCCACUCUGCCCAGGCUGCUGCUGCGGCGCUGCUGCUGUCUGUGAGCGCGUCCUCUUGCUACUUUUGGGAUAUAUGUGUCUAUAUGCGCAAAAACAUGGAGAUUAUAUGACGUGGAUUUAUUUUUUGGACAAAACUGGACAUCUACAAUAACGUCAUCCCUUCUUCUUCUUUUUUUUUCCUUCAAGUGCCUUUUUUCAGCUUGUUCCCGUUUAAUUUAUGGCUAUUUUAUGAUUUCAUGUCCUUCUCGAGUCCACGUCGUAUUUAUUUAUUUAUCUAUUUAUGUUGUACACUUAUUUUCUGUUCCGUUUCGGAGACGUGGAAGUGAGAUGCCUCGCACAGAACAUUUGUGGGGAGAAGAUUCCGCGCAGCAGCAGCAAGGAUGAAUGAAUGAUAGUCUCCCUCUAUAUCUGAGACGUGCCAUGGAUGGGAAACUUAAUUUGUUUCUACGGAACCGAUCGGAGAAUAGCCGUCACGUCAAAUAACUCGGCUACUGCUGACAGCGAUCAGGACCAAUGUCAUAGGAUGAACACUGCUGGUAGGGUGUGUCUGUCUGUACUGUCCUCUUUCCUGGCUGUGGCUGGGGCUCUGGCUGCCGCGUCUGCCCUCGCUCUAGCUCCUCUCUCUGCCCUGGCUGAGGCUGCCUAUGGGGCUGCCAGUGGCAUCCCCAGCACUGGGGCAGAGGGGGCCCCCUCACCCGUCUCCACACCAUGCUCCAGCCUUGUAGCUGGGGUCCUUUAUGGGUCUUUCUCCCUAAGGGAGCUAUUUCCCUCCAGGGCACCAGGCUGUUCCUGGUCCCUGGAAAACCCUGAUCCCACCAAAUACUCUCUUUACCUCCGCUUCACCCGCCACCCGAUCAUCUGCCAGACACACUCCCCCAUGCUUCUAUCUCUUGACCACCAUCUGGCAAAUCAAAGCUGUCCCCUUCAUUUACAGUCAGCUGCCGCCAGGGAUCAGGACAUCAUUGAUCUCUGCACCAGCCAAUCUAACUCAGAUGGACCUUACUCCUUCCUACAGUUUGAUAAGAACUUCGUCCAACUAUGUCUCACGAGACACCCAGCUGCUGAUGAGCCUCAGGUAACCAAGGAAUUACUGGAGCUGAGACUCGUGGAGGUGUUGCUCAUUAAUAAUGAGAACUCGAGUCAAUUUACCUGCGGCGUGCUCUGCCGGUGGUUCGAGGAGUGUUUACGCACAGGACACAACGGAGAGCAGGAGGUUUCUGAUGCGGAUGGCUGCGGAAUGACCCAGACGGGAUGUAUCUGUCCAAACCACAACAUCAUGGCACCACCUGUUCCGCUGCUCCCAGAGACACCCCAUAGUUUCAGCAAUGGCUCGCUGGCUCCCGAUGAUUGCUGUGUUACUGAGCUGCAUUCCAAUGAUGCAAUCGCCAUAGCACCCAGAGAUGUCCGCCAAGAUCCAUAUGACGAUGAUGAUCUGAAGGUGAAGACCCAAAGACCACGAUCAGCUGACCAGCCAGGUGUGUUUCAGGCACAAACAGGUGACCCUGCAGCAGAGGAGUGGUCACAGUGGAGUGUGUGCUCGCUCACAUGUGGGCAAGGCUGGCAAGUGAGGACACGAUCUUGCGUCUCCUCACCUUAUGGGACACUGUGCAGCGGUGCCCUGAGGGAAACGCGCAUGUGCAACAACACCGCUUCCUGUCCAGGUGAACCUGGCAUCACUGGCUCAGUGCAUGGGCUGUGGGACGAGUGGUCGUCAUGGAGUCUGUGCUCCGUGACCUGCGGGCGAGGCUCUAGGACGCGAACCAGGAAGUGUGUGAACGGAGGGGUGGCUGUGAUUUGCGGACGGCCCGACAUUCAAACCAAACUCUGCAACAUAGCAGUGUGCCCUGUGGAGGGCCGGUGGCUGGAGUGGGGGCCGUGGUCGAAAUGCAGCGUGACCUGUGACGUGGGAACGCAGCUGAGACAGCGGCGCUGCAGUGCGUCGGUGCACGGCUGGGCUGAAUGCAAGGGCCCCCACCAGGAGAGCAGAGAGUGCACCAACCCUUCGUGUAGUGGUGGAGGCAACUGGGGCAGCUGGAACCACUGGAGUCUCUGUAGCAAGACGUGUGACUCCGGUUGGCAGCGUCGCUUCCGGUUGUGUGAGAGCACCGAUACGCAGGGAUAUCCCUGUGAUGGCUCCGGAGAGGAGGUCCGGUCCUGUAAUGAGAAGAAGUGCCCAGCUCCUCAUGAGAUCUGUAAAGAUGAACAUCUCCUGUCUAUGUCAUGGAAAAGAGCCUCAGCUGGAGAAACUGUCUACAACAAGUGUCCAACUAAUGCCACUGGGUCUGCUAGUCGUCGUUGCAUGCUGGACAAUAAUGGAGUUGCUUUCUGGGGUCCUCCGAGCUUCGCCAGAUGCGUCUCACUUGAAUAUAGAUAUUUACACAUAUCUUUACGAGAGCAUCUCGCGAAGGGUCAGAGGACCCUGGCCGGGGAGGGCAUGUCUCAGAUCGUAAGGAGUCUCCUGGAGCUGUUGCAGAGGAGGAGCUACUACAGUGGCGACCUUCUCUUUUCCACGGAGAUCCUGCGAAAUGUGACGGACACCUUCAAAAGAGCAACCUACAUCCCAGCUCCCGACGACGUGCAGAAAUUCUUCCAGAUAGUCAGUCACAUGUUGGACAUGGAAAAUCUGGAGAAAUGGGAGGAUGCUCACCAGGUCGCUCCCGGUGCCGCUUUGCUGAUGAGGAUAUUAGAGGAUUUCAUUCACCUCAUUGGAGAAUCCCAGAAGCCUUUUCAGAGUUUUCUAAUGGUUACAAACAACAUCAUGAUAACCAUCCAACGAGAACCAGUGUCAGCUGUUUCCAGUGAUAUAAACUUCCCCAUGAAGGGCCGGAGAGGGAUGAAGGACUGGGCCCGAACAGCAGAGGACAGGCUCUACAUCCCUAAAGAGGUCUUCACUGUCCCACCAGAGGAAGGAGAAACAGAGGCGGACUCUGAGGCUACAAUGUACUAUGUUAUCGGAGCUGUCUUGUACCGGACGUUGGGCGUCAUCUUGCCUGUGCCAAAUCCCCCUGCAGUGAUCAUCUCAAAGAUCCUGACGGUGACUGUGCGACCAGAACUACAACCCAGCGAGCCCAUGGUGGUGGUGGAGCUGUCACCGCUUUUGAACGGUACAUCAGAUCCUCAGUGUGUUGUCUGGGACUAUGGCAACCCGGAAGCUGGCGCGGAAAACUGGGGCACAGAAGGCUGCCAAACGCUCGCGUCAACCACUGUCCAAACCAAAUGCUUGUGCAGCAGGAUAUCCACCUACGCCGUGUUAGCACAGCAAGCUAAAGACCCGGACAUGGGUCCUUCAAGUAUACCCUCUGUACCCCUCAUGGUGGGCUGUGGAGUCUCCUGCACCGCUCUGCUCAUCCUGCUGCUAAUCUACGCUGCCUUUUGGAGGUAUAUCCGUUCGGAGAGGUCCAUCAUCUUGGUGAAUUUCUGCCUCUCCAUCCUGGCCUCCAAUUUGUUGAUUUUGGUGGGACAAUCUCAAACACUCAGCAAGGGCCUUUGUACUGUGACUGCUGCCUUCCUGCAUUUCUUCUUCUUGGCGUCUUUCUGUUGGGUGCUGACAGAAGCGUGGCAGUCCUAUUUGGCCGUCAUCGGCAAAUUGAGAUCGCGGCUCAUCCGCAAGCGUUUUCUGUGCCUCGGCUGGGGUCUUCCAGCUCUCGUCGUAGCCGUGUCGGUGGGUUUCACCAGAGCAAGAGGUUACGGCACAGCCAGCUACUGCUGGUUAUCCUUAGAGGGCGGUCUGCUUUAUGCCUUCGUUGGGCCUGCUGCAGUCAUUGUGUUGGUGAAUAUGCUCAUCGGAAUCGUCGUGUUUAAUAAGCUCAUGUCUCGAGACGGCAUCUCAGACAAAUCUAAAAAGCAGCGAGCUGGUAUCCCAGCGGAUGCGCGUAGUCGACUGCUCCUGAAAUGCUCCAAGUGUGGCGUGAUCUCGAGCACCGCUAUGUCCAGCUCGACUGCCAGCAGCGCCAUGGCCUCUCUUUGGAGCUCUUGUGUGGUUCUCCCUCUGUUAGCAUUAACCUGGAUGUCAGCCGUGCUGGCCAUAACCGACCGGCGCUCCACGCUCUUCCAGGUCCUGUUCGCCGUCUUUGACUCCGUUCAAGGCUGCGUCAUCAUCACCGUCCACUGUGCGAUGCGCCGAGAGGUGCAGGACGCAGUGCGCUGUCGGAUGGGGGGGUGUAAAGACGACAGCGAAAACUCGCCAGACUCCUGCAAGAAUGGACAGGUGCAGAUCAUGAAAAGUCCAAGCGUGAGCUACUGUGGGCGACAGUGUGGUUCUCCACAUUACGGCACAACCCUGUGCAGCUCGGCGGGCCACCCGCUGCCUCUCCCCCCGCCGUGCCAGCUGGCAUACCAGCCAGGCUGUUACCUCAGUCUGCCCCACAGCAACCACAACGCCGGGCUAGACCACAGCCACGCUGUCACCCACGCACUCCUGAACAAUACCCACAGCCAUGCUCAUAACCACAACCACAACCACAACCACAUCAGCAACCAACUAACGGAUUUUGAGAAGGAUGUGGACUUGGCAUGUCAAACAGAGAGAGGACACCCAUUCAUUUUCAAGGAAGUCAACACUUGUAACCCGGCCACCAUCACCGGGACCCUUUCUCGCAUCUCGCUUGACGAUGAGGACGAUCCCAAGCUGGCAGCUCAUCAGGAGGGGGGAGUUGGAGUAAAUUUCAGCUCCCUCCCCGGGAAUAUUCCCCCUCCUAAUCUCAUUGUACAGGUGCCGCCACUAGGAGGCCUCAAUGAGCUGAGUGAGACGCCUCUAAAGAAGGAGAUGAAUGUGGAUCAGCAGAGACAGCAGGGGCAGCAGUGCAGUGGUGCUCCAAUCUAUCUGUGCACGGAGAGCAGCCUGGGCUGGGCACGCCCCCCUGCUUCUUCCAACAAUUCCCAGGACGGAAGUGCUGGGAGUGGAGGCAGUGGAGGAGGAGAGGGAGACUACAUGGUCUUACCUCGCAGGACAGUCAGUCUCAAGCCCCCAGCACCCACCUCCCAAGGAGGCCUGGGCCUAGGGGGCGAGGACAAGCCUCUCAACAUCACAGUGGAAGAUCCUCCCUUCCCACCGCCUCCCUCCCCCCUGACCCUCCACCCGGCUGAGAGCGAGGCCUACCCAGUGGACUUUAUGCCGUCCGGCGUGGGCAACAUAAACAUUGCCAUGAACCUCAACCGCUCAUACGGUACUGUCAAAACCAUGCCCCAUGGGCAUGGCCACAUUAUGCCUCAGGGUGGUUUUGUACACUCCCACAGCGGACACAUGCACAACCACGGGCAUUCACUGCAGGUGAAGCCGAGUCAGAGGCCAUCAGUCAGACAGAUUCUGACGGGGGGAAGUACAGCGGAGAAAACCAGGACCCUGCCGCGUAACCUGGGCAGCACCAACACCAGCCUCUCAGCAGGAUCCCUGGAGAGGAAAAGAGUACGAUACUCUGAGCUGGACUUUGAGAAAGUGAUGCACACUCGCAAAAGACAUUCUGAGCUGUACCAUGAGCUCAACCACUCGUCCAAGUUCCACACCAUAGACAGGUAUAGCAGGGACGCAGCCAUGUCCUCAUUCAAGGUCCCCCCUCCCCCGCCACCGAGACACAACACUGAGCCGUCGCUCGUGCGCCGAACAUCCCUUGUUUUCAAAGAAAGUCAACGUAAGACACGCUAAAACCCCUCAUAAAAUGUGUGUAGUAGAGCCCCCUCUUAAGUAAUUUUAAAGCAAGCAAUUGCUACAUGGCACGGUAUGCAUCACAUAGUUGGCCACUAGUUUGUCCAGCAGCCAUGUGUGUUCAUGCUGCAAUAAUGUAUUUGGUGCUGAAAUGCCUCUAACAAGCAGCGACUGAACAAUCAUAGAUAAGUAACUGUUACUACGGACGACAAACCUGUCAAGCUUUGGCUUUCUCCACAUGAUGUGGUGGUGUGUGUGCAGGCGGCUGAGCGAUGCCCUGCAUUUUCAGUAGUGACUUUUAAAGGAUGGUGUCUUUGUGUUGUUUUUUUUUUUUUUUACCACAAAAACAUUUAAAGAAAUGUAUUGCUUUGCGUAGUUCAUGUAGACAGCUGCAGUCUCCGACCCUCUGGCCCCCAGAGUCAUUUUGAAACCAUUUUGUGACUUUUAGAGCUCUUCCUCGUGGAACUGCCAUUAAGCCCUGGUCUUAUCUGUCUCCUUUUCUGAAGCAUUUUUGGCCAAAGAAUGAGCUUUCUUUCGAAGUAAAGCCAGCGAGACACUGUCUGUUUGGUGCUCUGCAGUACUUUCUGCAACUAUCACACAGCUCGUUACUUUAAGGGCGCAUUUUAGGGCGCAUUCACUCCAGGAUAGUCCGUGGACUUUGUUCGAUUUGGCGGGGGAAUGAUGAAAAAUGUCACGCCUUCAUUUGGUUUGGUUCACUUUCAAGCUGCGCUAUUGUUAGCGGACCAAACUGCCUGGACAUCGUCAUGGCUGCUCGUUUGGGGCCCAAGAUGAGCACUGACCGGGAAGAAAAAAGCAUGAGGAAGCAGAAGAAAACCCGGCUCAUCGUUUGGAAAUCCAUCCUUGUUCAACACAAAAACAAUGGAGCAAUACAUCUUGGGUUUCUGUUUUUAUCCUGUAUGAGCAGCAUGCGAGGCAGCAAGCUAUCUUCACUUCCUGUCUUCGCUUCACUGGAUAGUGGGUUUGCAUUUCGGUUCACUUGCAAGCAAACCGGGAACCAUGUUUUCAGUCAGUCUAGAGUUCACUCGAUUGGUCCACACCAGAGUUCGGAUGAGCUGUCACACCCGCCCAAACGAAGCACAAUUUGUAUCUGAGGAAACUAAUUGUGGUCCAUUUAAAACGGACCAAACACCUCUGGUGUGAAAGUGCCCUUAGACUUAACAGGUCAAAAACAUGACGGGGGUUGUUUUGAAGUCCUCGAAAGGCAAACAGCAACAGAGGACCAGACAACAGCACACAGAGACGUGAAAGUAUCAGUACUUUCCUAUAUUGUAUAUCUACAUAGGUGUACAAAAUGUUCCAUUAUCUACCAUGAACACUAUCUUACUACAGUUGAUAGUUACAUCAGUGGUUGCCCUCUAACGAAGAGAAAGAUGUUUAUGUCUGUGUUUCUUUGAAAUCAGCGUCCUAUUGUGCGUCCGUCGCUGUUGGAAAUUGUGCUGUGUGAGAAAUGAAAGCUUGACAGGUGUGUCAACAGUAAUUUGGUGCUAAGCCAGCAGACAGUCACUGCUAGUAAGCAUGCAAUAUCAUUGAAGCAUGCUAUUUCAUGAAUAAAAUUAUGUAUAAAUGCAUUAACGCAAACCGUGUCAAACUAUAUGUGCACCCCAUGUAGCUGCUCAUCUUCCCGUCAGCCUUGUUCCCCAGUGAUGAUGAGCGUUAAUGGUAGACGAUCCCCUAAUGGUGUGGUGGUGUAAAAGUUUGGUGCGUCACAGCUUGAACCCUUUACUUACACGCAUUCACAUAGUGAAUGCCAGAUUCCCCUCCCUCCAUCAACGCCUGUACAAAUUCACACCGAAAUCUAAAGUCAAGAUUACCACAGAUGGAUUUGUAAGGUGGCCUGAUGUAGGACCUGAUUUAUCUUCCAUGAUAAAACAUAAACUAGAGGGAUUUUUGUGUCGUUUGUUUUUUCAUUAGUGCAGCACACUCAAUCCACCGUGUCCAUUUCAGUGCCUGAGAUGAACCCACUGAUGUAAAGUCUCUAACCAAGUGAUGGAUGAGUUCAUAAAGACAAUGAGUCAUCCAAACCAAUUUAUAAUCACCUCAUAAACCAUGAUAUUCUGCCCAUAAACCAGCUCAUUGGCACUGAAAAGGGCCAAACACGAUGCACUUUGUUGAUGAGAGACUUUCAGAAAUGUCACUAAGGCUUAUUGGCGUCAGAGGAGACCCAAUCUAUUUGACUUCUGUGCAAAGGUAGGAUCUAUGUGUUAAGGGGACGAGUGAAUAUCAGAGUGUGUGUCCCAUACUUUUUUGUUCCUGUCACAUAUUUCACAUCCUUGUCUGUGUCAGUGCAGUGGGCUUAAACAGGUCUUGGCCAUAAUGUGCCAUUACAGAUAAAAUCCACAUACUUUACUCCCACUUGAGUUCAUGCUUUUCCUGUCUUUCCUUUUCUUGGCUGGUAUGGAGAGAGUAGUUACCACAGCAAUAGCUCUACCAUGACAGCUAGAAGCUUUCAAGUGAUGACUCAGUGUUAAGCAGAGUAAAAAAUGAAGGAGAGAGACACAUGACUGGAAAGACAAUAUGGGGAUAUGCAGACGAUGAAUCUCAAGACUCCCCAUUAACCUAAAUAUUGAAAAUCACCUUGUCUGUUGUUUCUGCUUGGCUGCUGAAGCCAGCAGAACACGUCCCGUACACAAAAAACAAAUUAAUGUAGAUGUUGCCCAUCUCAGUUAUUUGUCAAAAACAAAUGGCGUGCAUGACCUUUAAAAACUGCUCUGCAAAAUCUCUACCUGGUAAACUGUGGCUAAGAAAGGUCACUGGCAGGCUUUAACGCAAAACAUACAUCUCUCGCACUGUUGUGUAUAUUUCAAAUGCACAAACAUGCAUAGCAGCGUGUUUGCAGUUACGUUUUAAGCGGUCAAGGUCGGAUCAUUUUUUGUGCUGUGUGCUAUCAUUUCGCAGUUGUUGACCUUAAAUAAAAUGUUUACCGUAUAUACACCUGAGACUAUAAAUAAAAAUGGACAUAGUCUUCCAUUUGCAAAACACACAAUUUGACCGACAUGGCGCCAAAACUCACUUGCAACCAGGCUCUCAUGGGACAAUAGUAGUUGUCAGUCACACAGUGUUUACUGUACUGUGCUUUAUUGUCCAUUUUCCUAUAAAUGAGAACAUUAUUGACAGCAUUGACAUCACGUCCUAUUGAGGAAGCACUCGGGACCAUUAACUCAUCGGGAAAGUGUUAACUGAAAUUAUAAAUCAAGUGAGAACUUGUCUCAUUUCCCCAUAGACAUCCAUUCUGCAAUAGAGGAUUUUGAGAGAAAUCUCAGAAAAGUUGAAGAAGAGGUGGCUUCUAAGUAUAUCACGUAAGGGCUAUAUUUCGUAGGCGUUGACGGCUAUAUUAUUAUAAGGCCUGCGCACUGCGGCCACUUCCGGCACCACAGCCCUCCGAAAAAUCCUCAACCACCAGAAAGCUACGUCCAUUUUUAUAUCCAGGCUUUAAUAUGCACUUCACAUUAACAGUAAUGACGAGAUCAAAUCCGCACCCUUUUCUGUUUUAAGUGCAGCGGCUGCUCUGGCAGGGGCCAUAUGGCCAGCAGAGAGAAAAGGAGUCCAUUUUCAUUGUGUCUCUCCUAAUGGAGACAUGAUACAGAUGGACUCAGUGGGGUUGCUGCAACACAGAGUGGAUGCCCUGUACGCCACGCAGUAUGUUUUAGCAUUAGUGUACGCACUAAUAUUUAGCUUCUUCGUCUUUGUCAUUGUGGAACAAGCCUGUCGGUUUCCAUCCUCUCCACAGGGUUCAGAAGGUCAUAACACAUAUUUGCAUGCCGUGCCCAUUGAUGCAGUGCUGCGCCUCUCUGUGUGUGGGAUGAACUGUGUGUGUGUGUGUGUGUGUGUGUGUGUGUGUGUGUGUGUGAGAGAGGGAAAUAGUUUGCACUGCAUAAUGGCGUGGCUGAUGCAUUUUUUUGUUUCUCAAAUGAGAUAUAUUUCCAUUGUAUGGUCUGCUCUCCUCUUCUGUGUUCUUAAUUAAAUGAAGUGUGCUUGGCCUCCCUCCCCAGAUAGAUAGUGGGGAGAUGCGCCGAACGCAGUGGGACGGAGAGAGAGACAAAAGAAACAACUAUUCUUUGUUGUGAUUUUCGCUCUAGAUCAGAGCAGAGGCGACGAGCAAAUUUCCGAUUAUUAAAACUAUGUUUGCAAUUCUAUCUAAAUGGCCGGGGGCGUGCGUGUGAAUUCUACUAUGGAAUCUAAGUCAAUUCAAGCAUGGAGAUAUAUUGUGGUCUAGGAGGAUUUUUUUCCAUUAUCUUGCCCCAUAAAAGGGAGGCGUGACCUGGGGCGCCCUUAACGCAGUCACGGUUAACAUUCCAACAGUAUUUUAAGGCCACUAAGGGGAAAUUUAGCUAUGGUAAUGUAUCUCGUGUAAAAUGAAGAUGUAUAAUUUUGAAUGACAUCGACCCAAUUUUUGUUGAUUCACUGAGGGCCAUUUCCCUGUACUGGCAAAUCCCAUAGGUCUUGAUAGACAAUUUACUAGCAUUAAGAUGAGGGGCUUCAAUUACACAUUCCAGCAAUAAAGCAAGUCCUCCUCUCUUCUUCCUCUUCGUAUCUCAUUCUACCCUCUAUUCAUCCUCCUGGCUUGACAUUUUUCUCUCAUGCCGUCUCCCUCAUCUUCCCAUUUCUCCCUCUAAACUCAGCCCUCAGUGGCACGUUUGAGGCAUUAAUUGAAUAAUUAAUUCCUCUCAUUAGCUUGUUUUUAAUUAUUUCCUUGCCCCCCUUCUCUGUGCCAAGUAUAAACUCAUCAACUGUUUUCAUCCUUCCACAUAAAUUGCCCAUGAAAACUGAGGGCUGGCGGAGUGUUGCUUCUACAUACUGGCUCUAUCAGUGGUUUCUAAUGAGGGGACGGGUAGCCCAUGCGGAACAAGCCUAACACUGGCUUCAUGCACCAAGAGACACAAUACUAAUUUAGCUCAUUUAGUGUCCUUGGGCCAAUUAAAGGGAGGUGAAAGGGGCCAAACUUGCUAGCUGGAACUGUUUUCACUAUAGGAACAGCAGCCUAGGAUUACGCGGAGCUGCAGUGCACAGGCCCAGACAGCAGCUAACCAAGCCUGUGUGUCUGAUUGCUCAUUUGUUUGCAAUGUGUUGCACUAAUGGAAUUUAUUUGCCCUACAUUCUCCAGAUUUGGCUCUUUUGAAGGCCCUUAUUACUUGUGACACAGAUUCCUUCCCAGCUAAGGGGGGAAUGGUGCUAAACUCUGUUAUGCCCACUUGGUCUAUUUUUCUGCCCCCGUA